GAGGGGUGCGAUGCGUCUAGAUCCCCGGACUAUCGCGAAUCCGAGCUCGCUGUCGCGCAGUUGACCAGCUUCCACGCCGAGCAGGGUGUAGCCCCAUGGGCGCCGAAGCAGACCGCGUCUUCGGCUAGCAGUGCCGCCGCCCCACGAUUGCGGGUGCCCUCGUCUUCACCAUCCACACAGACCUGGCCGACUCAGAGCGCGCCAUCAAGGACCCCGCCAAGUUCUCCCAGGGCGCACUUCGCCGCCGCCCUCUACGUUGGACUAGUUCCUGGUCAGAUCUGCUGACCAGAGGGAGAUGAGAUUCUCCAGGGAAAUGGUCGAAUUCUCCCAAGAUCCGAACGAGUCGCUAUCUGCCUACUAUGUCAAAGCCCAGGAUGUGUUACGACGAAUGGGUGCCAGAGACAACGCCCAGAAUCUUCGCCCAGACGGAGCAGACGACCUCUCCAUGCUGGAGGCGUAUUUGCUUGAUCAGACCGUUUCACGAUUCGUCAAGGGACUGAGAGAUCCCGACCUUCGACAAGAAGCCCUCGACAAGGCAGCACAUGGAGCACGAUCCCUCUGGGAAGCCUACAAUAUCAUACAGACAUGCAAGAAGAUCGUGGACGACAAGAGAGAGGUGUCUCAGCAAGAGUGGCUGAAAGGGAGACAUGAUCUCAUUGAGAGAUACGUAUACGAGAAGACUGGUCUUCCAGCGGAAGAGGCCAUCGCCAAGGAACAUCCAGACUGGGUCUUGGCUCCUAAACCCACUGGAACAGCACCUAUCGUGCCCAAUUCGACGUCUGCACAACCCGUCUCACAACCACCACCAGAGUGCCGCCUUUGUAAUAAGGUCCUUUUGAGGUGGUAUGUAUGUACCAGUGCAGGCUAUACGACAGUAGUGGAGCGUACCUUCUCGUAUGAGAGGUCCUGGUCUACCGUAUGGGGACAGGCGGUACCGUGUGGUACUGGCGCGCGGGGGCGCGCACCUUGUAGGAGUAGGUUACUUAACGAAGGAUAGGCUGUACAGCUUAGACACGGUCAGGGAUGGGGCGGUAGAGCGAGCGGGCCACGCGCUAGGGC